GUUAUACUCCUGGUAAACUUCUGCUAAAUGUGCGAGUAAAACAAAAAACAGUAGGCACAACGCCAGUAUCAGUGCUGAUUAUCGAAUUAUCCAAGGCUAGCGGAACCCAGAAUCAAUAUGAAACCGAUGUCUUUUAUGAAUUCUUAAUGGACCCUAGAAAUCUAAAUAAGGAUUUUACUAUUCAGGAUUUACGGGUGGGCGAAGGAAAAUUAGAAGUUAAAGGACACAGCGUAACUAUCCCCCGCGACGCUUAUCACAAUAUUAUUCCACCCGUGGAAGUGGGCACUCCAUUGAUAAAUAAUUAUACCCGCCCUAGUGAUGCGGAUAUCGAUAAUGCUGAUGAUGCUACAUUUAAUAAUUAUGUAAUAGAUUAUAAUCAGACACGUUUAAAUUAUCAUGUAAUCAAAAUUGGUAGACCUGGUGCUCCUACGUCCAAAACCAAACAAAGUUUCAAAGACGAUUUAAAAAGAUUUUGGGCACAGUUCGAAAAGACGGUUAACGCCCAAAUUCCGGAAUUAAAUAAAUUGAGGCAACAAAUUAUAAAAGAUUCCGAGGAAGUUAAGAAGUAUAAGGAAUUAGAGGGGAAAGUAAACGGAAGCGACCCCAAAUAUUCAAAACAUAAAGGCAAAUUUGAUGAGGAAAGUAAGAAAUCAGUUGACGGAGUUUCUGCCAAUGAGGAUUUGGAAACCAUAGCCACACCACAUCUCAACGAAAUCCCCGAGUCUGAUUUUUUUUCCGAUGCUGCUCAU